AUGACCCCCCAAGUUGGCCUGGUCCACGUGUACACGGCAGCCCAGAGCCUCGGCGUUUAUCUUGAGCGUCACGCACCAAAGGGGGCCAAGAUCUGGGUGGUCGGCGGUGCCAGCCACUACAAGGACACUACAGACUCGUGCUUCAUGUAAGUCAGCAAGCAACGGAGCUACUUGAGGCGGCCGCUCAUUCGUUCAUGGAUGUACAUUCACCCUGUGCGUUCAGCCAAAUCAAGAAGACCGUCAAGCCCGAGCUUUACAGCACCUGGGAGAUUCGGACCAACCUUCCCGACGAGGACUUCUACCGGUUCGCGUCGUGCGCCCAGAAGAACGAGGACAAGGUUUUCGUCGCCCUGUGCAGCGACACACCCAACGACAAACUCAAGGAGGACCCUGUCACACACGAAUCGGGCACGUACACACACCCAGUCGCCCAUAUUGUAGGCCAUGCACCCGUCUGUGCGCGCUUCUGAUUCAGGGUACUCCGACUGGAGCUACCACCUGCUGUCGCGCAUAACGCAGCUGAUGCUGAACAAGGCGACCCUCGUCAACGCAUGCAUCGACCCGCUUGCAUCCGACCAGCCCCACGGCGACGUCAUCAUGCAUGUGCCCAGCUGUGGCGCCUUUGAACAUUUCUUCAAGUUCGCCACAUUCCCGUUCGGCAAGAUUGUCAACACCGGCAAGGGCGGCGGGCUCCCCAUCAUCCUCGAAGAGGGUGAGCGAGUGAGUGAGGGAGGGAGGGAGGCACGCAAGCAUGACGGAGCUCCACUGGAUUGCCUGGGUUUUGUUGCGUGUGUGGAUGGAUGAAUGCAGCCCACAAGAAGCUGAAGCUCCAGCCGGCAGCCAAGAGUCUCAAGUUGGGCAAAGACAACCUCGCGAUGGUCGGCGACGUGCCCGCCACUGGUACAUAUGCACUGCACUACACAAAUGCAAAGAACUGCCCAACUCCACGUCUCUUCAUCUUUUCCCGUCUUGCCUUUUUGUUUGAGCAGAUAUGCAGGCCGCCGAAGACUACGGCAUCCGAUCCAUCUUUGUGCUGUCGGGCGCCACCACGCUCGAACAAGCCGCCAAAUGGAAGGUAAGGUAGAUCCGUACACACAUUGCCGUCGUUGAUUGCGCGUCAUGACCUCUCUCUCUUUCUGUCUGCGUAUGUGUGUGUGCAGGUGCGCCCCACCUGCUAUCUGGACGACGUGGGGAAGAUUGGCGGGGUGGCCGAGUGA